GGACACACCAAAUUGAGUUUGGGCGACAGGGCACGCUUCGUCGAACGACUCGAAGACGGCCGAUUUCGGUCUGGUGUGUCAGGGGCUUAUUGGUGUGUCCCGUAACGAAGACGGCCGAUUUCCAUGCAAUAAAGAGACCCAACUCCACGCAGGCGCAGUACCAUGAAACCGAGUACUUCCUGAUGUCUGCAGGAGCGUGGUAGUGUAGUUUUCUCUCUGUGGAGCAAACGUUCAAUCCUCCCACAAAGUUAGAGAGCCUCCAGUCGGAAGGACUUCAGUUCAUGUUGAUGCAGACUGCGGCCGGUAAACUCAUGAAGGUGUUCCUGACCAGACGCAUCCCUCCGGAGGGGAUGAAGAUCCUGUCCGCGGCUGGAGUCUGUGAGGUCUCCCAGUGGGACUCAGAUGAACCCGUGCAGAGGGCAGAUCUGCUUAAAGGUGUGCAGGGAGCUCAUGGUCUGCUGUGUCUGCUGUCAGACAAGAUCGAUGCCGAGGUUCUGGAUGCUGCAGGACCGAACCUGAAAGUAAUCAGCACCCUCUCAGUUGGAUACGACCACUUGGCUAUUGAUGAAAUAAAAAAGCGUGGUAUUCGUGUUGGAUACACUCCGGACGUCCUGACUGACGCCACAGCAGAGCUGACCGUCGCCCUGCUGCUGGCCACCGCUCGCAGGUUACCAGAGGGAGUGGAGGAGGUCAAAAAUGGGGGCUGGAGCUCGUGGAAGCCUCUCUGGCUGUGUGGUUACGGUCUCUCCGGCAGCACAGUGGGAGUCAUUGGACUGGGACGCAUUGGCAUGGCAAUUUCUCGGAGACUCAUGCCCUUCGGAGUGAAGAGGCUGCUGUACUCUGGGAGAACAGCCAAAGACUACGCUGCUGAGGUGAAUGGAGAGUAUGUUCCCCUGGACACUCUUCUGUCAGAGAGCGACUUUAUAGUUGUUUCCUGCUCCCUGACACCAGAAACCCAGGGCAUGUGUGAUAAGGCCUUCUUCAGCAAGAUGAAAAACACAGGAGUCUUCGUCAACUCAAGCAGGGGAACUGUGGUGAACCAGGAGGAUCUAUACGAAGCUUUGAGCAGCGGACAGAUAGCUGCAGCUGGAUUAGAUGUCACAACACCUGAGCCACUCCCAACAAACCACCCUCUGCUGACACUCAAAAACUGCGUGGUGUUGCCACACAUCGGCAGUGCCACCUACUCCACGAGAGGCAUCAUGGGAGCUUUGUCGGCCCAAAACCUGCUGGGAGGUUUACAGGGCACGGACAUGCCCAGUGAACUCACCUUCUAAAACUAAAAGUGUGUUGCUGUGCCGACGGCCUGCUCUGGUGCUGCAUCUGUAGCAGUAAUAUACUGAUCUAGUGAUAGUCUCCUAUGUGAGAUAAAAGUGGAGGAAGGCUGAAAAGAAGAAUACUAAUGUAGUUAAGAAAGCUUAGACACAUGAUUCCAUUUUGUCAGUAUUAACUUGAUAGUGUGAUCUUGUCAGAGGUACUAAUAUGAGAUUCACUCUUUGAAUUGAAUGUGUAUUUCAGAGGAAUUCAAUUCUUUGUGCAGUUUUAUCAUCUCAGAAAUGUAUUUAAGAGGCUAAUGAAGAAACUGGUAGCACUUCAUAACAUUAGUUAUUUUUUGCAUUUGAAAUGUCUGUUAAAAUAUAAUCAAAUGUUCUGUCUUUCUUGCCAUAAAGAUUAGCAUUAUUCAAUCUGCACUUUUCUCUAAUGGUAAUGCUGUCAGUGACGCUCCCAAACAGUACAACACUCCAGUUUUGUGUAAAACAAAUGGCAUGUCUUGAAGAAUAAACGCGUAUUGCUUAGUUUAAUUAUAAU